CAACCCUGUUUCGGUGUAAUUCCCCAGGCCCGCUAACAACACCGCCGCCAUCGUCAUCAUUGGCCUGAGCUCGAACCCCCGCGCGCAAAGCUUGUGUCUGGUGUGCUGGUAGGCAAGAUGACACAGAUAUUAACCCCGCGACAAGCGGAUGAGCUGCACAAGGCCAUCAUUGCUUACUUGGCCUCUAACAACCUCCCCGAUACCGCCGCCGCACUCCGGAAAGAGCUGGAGCUGGGAGACACUUUUGAUGACACGACCUCGAAGAAGUAUGAAGGCUUACUUGAGAAGAAAUGGACAAGUGUGGUGAGAUUACAGAAAAAGAUCAUGGAUCUCGAAUCUAGGAAUUCAACACUUCAGUCUGAACUAGACAAUGCGACGCCGACCACCCUCUCCCGCCGAAACCAAGACCCUUCGAGCUGGCUUCCAAGAUCGCCUGCCCGUCAUACCCUCCAAUCCCACCGAGAACCAAUCACCUGUGUUGCUUUUCACCCCGUCUUUUCAUCUCUUGCUUCUGGCUCAGAGGACUAUACCAUCAAGAUCUGGGACUGGGAGUUGGGGGAGUUGGAGCGGACGAUCAAGGGACACACCAAGGCCGUCUUAGAUGUUGACUUUGGCGGCCCCAGAGGCGGUACCCUCCUUGCUUCUUGCUCGAGCGAUCUGACCAUCAAAUUAUGGGACCCUUCUGACGAGUACAAGAACAUCCGCACACUACCUGGGCAUGAUCACUCCGUUAGUGCCGUUCGUUUCAUUCCCUCUGGCGCUGCCGGUGCCCCAAGCUCCGGUAAUCUGCUCGUGUCUGCAUCGAGAGACAAGACUUUGCGUAUAUGGGAUGUAUCCACUGGAUAUUGUGUGAAAACCAUCCGUGGCCACGCAGACUGGGUCAGGGAUGUAUGUCCAUCUCUUGACGGACGCUAUUUGUUAUCGGCUGGCAAUGAUCAGACAGCCCGGUUGUGGGACAUAUCCCUCGCCAACCCCGAGAGUAAACUCACGCUGGUAGGCCACGAACACACCAUCGAAUGUUGUACGCUCGCCCCCCCCUCGGCAUAUCCACACUUGGCGCCACUCGCCGGCCUCAAGAAACCGCCGCCUGCGUCGAGUGCUGCCGAAUUCAUGGCCACUGGAUCCCGAGAUAAGUCUAUACGUAUAUGGGACAUGCGGGGGAAUUGCAUCAAGACACUGAACGGGCAUGACAACUGGGUACGGGCUUUAGUCUUUCAUCCUGGCGGUAAAUAUCUUCUCAGCGUCGCCGAUGACAAGACACUGCGUUGUUGGGAUUUGACACAGGAAGGGAAGUGUGUCAAGGUACUUGGCGACGCUCAUGGACAUUUCGUCUCAUGCCUACGUUGGGCGCCAGGCAUCGUGCGCGAGCCUGUCACCAACGGAAAUAACCCCGAGGGCUCGAACGGCACUACUACUGUCAACGGCACCCCGAAGCCGGGCUCCGCUUCACUUGAUGUUCAGAUCAGAUGCGUCAUCGCCACGGGCAGUGUUGAUUUGAACGUGCGGGUAUUCGCGAACUGAGCGAGCUGAAGAAGUGUCUCCCGCGUUUUAUCCAUCCAAAGCAGAAAAAAUACCUAUUCCUUAAAAAUCAUACAUUUUUUUGUGUCCUCGCCUUAUUAUAGAUAUAAUCCAAGAGAGCAAGAGCGUGCCCAAGUUUGGGAUUCUCAAAAGCCUACGCAAAUUGUGUGCGCAGACACAGGCACACACCUCUCGUUGCACAACAUGGUUUCGCCAGCUUAGGUCCCUCCGACCCCGGCGUUCCCCUCAACACCGAGGCAAGCAGGCAGGCAGGCCUGGUGUCGAGUCGAUCAGAGAGCAUAUAUGGUCAUGUUACCUGAUUAAAGGUUUGCGCCAUCUCAUCCGCGGUGACCUUUUCAAGGUUGUAGAAACUAAUUGACCAUCACAGGAGUGAUAUCACGGAACUUAAGAAUAGAUACCCCUUCGUGCCUGCUGGCAUUGCUUCAAUUGACUCAAGAUAAGACCUUGUAUGUACUCUUGCUACAGUCUAUCGAACCCAACCUCGUCGCAU